AUGCAUCUGACAAGACAUGCGCCAUAUACCCCUGAAGAAAACUAUGAUGUCAUCUGGCUACUAUGCCAGUCAAUCAUGAACUUGGCGAGCAACUACAGAUCCAACUUCUUCAUAAAAGCAGGAACAUCAGAGGACGAUAUACUAAGCCAAGUAUGGUCGAUUAUCCGGUAUCUGUAUGAUGAUACCAAAAUUGAUGUGCACAGUGGAGAACAGGAAGCCCUAGCAACGAACGAAGGCAGAAAUUCCAACAGAACAUUAAAAGAACGAAAGUUGCAUGGUACACGAGUCGAUCUACGAUUUACAGUGUAUAAUGGCACCAAAAUUGCUUAUGGUGAGGCCGGUCGCAACUACGAAGGCGAAAAGGGAACAAAAGAAAUGAAGGAAUCCCAGUUAAAAUGCCCAAAGACCCUCCAUGACAUGUUUGUCAGCUUAGCGAAGAGAUACACAGGCACUAAGCAAGACCUGAUAAUACUCGGCUUCAUAAUGAUAGAUAAACUACAUGGCCGUUUAUUAUUUCUAGAAAGAUAUAUUUUACUGACACCUUAUAUUAUAUAUUUGAAAUAG